AUGAGCACCGUCGAACAGCAACUUCGUGACCGAUUCUCUCCUUUCAACGUACCCGAGCUCCAGAAAGUUGCGGCGAGCAGCGUAGGGGCAAACAAAUGUACCGCGAUCGCGAAAUUGGCGGAAGGCUCCUUCAAUAAGACCUUCAAACUCACGAUGGAUAAUAGUAUGACCGUAAUCGCCCGGAUCCCUCACCCUAUUGCAGGGCCCCACCAGUAUACUACGGCAUCCGAAGUUGCAACAAUGGAAUAUGCUCGGAGUGUCCUGAAAGUCCCGACACCGCAGGUGUUUGCGUGGAAUGCACACAGAAAUAAUCCAGUCGGAUCUGAAUUCAUAAUCAUGGAGGAAGCUCCGGGGGUGAAACUGGAAGAUAUAUGGAGUGACCUUGACUUAGAAAAAAAGGUUGCAAUUAUGAAGGAUCUCGUUGCGCUGGAGAAAAAAAUGCUUUCGGUAUCUUCGAAUAGGUACGGGAGUCUCUACUAUGCCAGCGAGAACAUUCCAGGCGCCGUAGCAGCUGAAGUAGUUGGUGAUGUGCCCACAGAAGUGAGGCAUACAGUGAUGCACCGCUUUGCUAUCGGCCCUGUUGCAGAAAGAGACUUUUGGAACAAAGAACGCGCGACUAUGGGUAUUGAUCGCGGCCCAUGGAGCCAACCGAGAGAGUUUGUUGUUUCCUUGGCCCGUCGAGAACUAGAGUGGAUACAGCGAUAUGCCGUCCCAACGCCGGAGGAUGACCCGUUGGUGGCCUCAGCGUCACAGAAUACUCCUAGUUGUCAUAUUGCGUUACUUCAGAAGUAUUUGAAAGUUGCUCCAUUCCUCCUCCCCGAUGAUUUCUUUGUGGUCGCGCCUCAUAUAUGGCAUACAGACCUUCAUGCAGGAAAUAUAUUCGUCGAUAAGGGCAAGAUCUCUAGCGUGAUAGACUGGCAAGGGAUUUGGGCGGCACCUCUAAUACUUCGGGCACGCCACCCACGGCUGGUCGAUUAUAAUGGGGAGAUCAUUUUAAAGCCACCGGCAAACUUUAAGAAUCUUGAGCCUGACGAGAAAACCACGUUACGACAACAGAUGAGCAGCUCUAUCAUUCUUUAUCUCUACGAAAAGCAGAUCUCCAAUGAAAGCCCUCUUCUGAGCAAGGUUCUCCGUUUUAGUCAUGGCCGAACAAGGUGUGAACCUAUCCAGUUUGUUGGUGAUACUUGGGAUGAUGAUAUUAUACCAUUGAGGGAGUCGCUCAUCAGGGUUGAGAAAUGUUGGAAUGAAUUUGGAACCGACGCUCCAUGCCCCAUCCACUUUACGGAGAGCGAGCUUCGUACACAUGCAGAGGAAAGUCAAGGAUGGAACGAUGUGCAAGAGUUUUGGGAUUCGGUCGCAAGUAUCAUGAAUAGGGACGGGUGGACACCCAAUGAUCUUUAUGAUGAUGCUGUGGCUCUUUUUACAGAACUUCGAGAAUUGGGUCUAAAGUCUAGGGUAGGCAAGGAGAGGGAGAAUUUCAAGGAGCAAACACAGUGGGUUGAAAAGACAUGA